AUGAAGUGCCAAAACAAUAAAGUUGUGCUGACUUCCUACAUCAUUGAGGAUCCUGCAAAUAUUGUCAAUAUAUUUCAGCAGUUUGAUGUGAAUAAAAAUAAUGAGAAAACAGCUAAAGUAAAUAUGGAUGAAGAUAUGAUACAAAAUGGAAACAAACACACAUUAGACUUAUCCGAAGACAUCAAACCCAAUAGUGCCACCAGUGAACCUAAAAUUACAAUCGCAAAAUGGCUGAAGAAGCAAAUAAGAAAAACGUGUACUUUGAAAACCAUAAAAAGACGAGUACCCAUAUUCGAUUACUUACCAAAAUACACAUGGAAGAAAGCAAUAUCAGAUUUCCUGGCAGGAUUAACAGUGGGACUUACUAUAAUCCCACAAGCUAUUGCCUAUUCCAGUGUAGCUGACUUACCUGCACAAAUUGGUUUAUACUCUUCUUUUGUGGCUCCGUUUGUUUACGCCAUAUUUGGAAGUAGUAAGGACUCACCAGUAGGCCCAACAGCUAUAGAAGGCUUGCUGGUAAGAGAAAAUAAGCAUAAUUUGGGUGUACCCGGAGCUAUUUUACUUUGCUUUCUGAGUGGCUGUGUUGAAUUUGCUAUGGGAGUCUUACAUUUAGGUUUUUUGAUUGACUUUAUAUCAGGCCCUGUAGCGAUAGCUUUCACGUCAGCAGCUGCUAUUAUUGUGGCUACAACGCAAGUCAAAGAUUUGUUAGGUUUGGGAUAUCCUGGUGACAAAUUCGUUUUGGUGUGGAGGCAAAUUUUUGAACAUAUUUCCGAAACGAGUGUGCCGGAUUGUCUCAUGGGAUUUACUUGUGUGGCCAGUUUAUUUGUACUGAAGAAACUGAAGGACAUAAAAUUUUCCGAGAAAGACAACAAAGAAUCAACAAGCAUCCAGAAAAUCUUACACGGAACUUGCUGGCUGCUAUCAACUUCAAGAAACCUGUUGGUAGUUGUGAUCUCGGCCUCUGUAGCAUAUUUCUUUGAAUCCCGAGGAAUAUCAUAUUUUAGAUUAACUGGAUUCGUCAAACCAGGACUUCCUAGCGUCAGCCUGCCACCCUUCAGCGCCGAAAUAGACAACAAAACUUACACGUUUUUCGAUAUGGCAUCAACUUUGGGUUCGGGAAUAAUUAUCGUUCCGAUUCUAUCCAUACUACAAAACUACGCGAUUGCUCAAGUUUAUAGUGAAGGCAAAUCAAUAGACACUACUCAAGAAAUGCUGGCUUUGGGAAUUUGCAAUAUAGCUUCGUCAUUUGUUAGUGCAAUGCCUGUAUCUGGAGCCUUAUCCAGAGGAGCAGUGAACCAUGCCAGCGGCGUACAAACAACAUUUGGAGGAGUUUACACUGCAAUAGUGGUUAUUUUGUCGUUGAGCUUCCUUACGCCAUGGUUUUACUAUAUUCCGAAAGCUGCCUUGGCUGCUGUUAUUAUUGUGGCUGUAGCUUUUAUGAUAGAGUUGCACUUACUUGCACCAAUUUGGAGAACUAAGAAAACUGAUCUUAUACCAGCUUCAGCUACAUUUUUCACGUGUCUAUUCACAAGGCUGGAAAUUGGUAUUGGUGUUGGUGUGGCCUUGAAUUUAGCUCUUCUAUUAUGGGCAACUGCUAGGCCUUCGAUUAGCAUUGAGAAAGCCACGACAAAAUCUGGACAUGAUUAUCUUCUAGUUACUCCUGACAGAAGCCUAUUGUUUCCCGCAGUAGAAUAUCUCAGAUAUACGAUUAGCAAGGCUAGCUCUAAAAAUGGAAAUUCGAUUCCUAUAGUUAUUGAUGCCAGACAUAUACAAAGUGCUGAUUAUACUGCUGCAAAAGGUAUAAAAUUGCUCAUUAAGGACUUCUCUACGAGGAAUCAACCAAUAAUAUUCACCAACUUGAAAAAAUCAGUCAUAAAGACUUUCCAAGGGCCAAAUCCUAAAAAUUUUCACUAUUGCGCCACUUACGAGGAGCUUGUGGAGCAUUUUAGGAAAAAUGCUGCUCAAGCAUCUUCAUCGACUGAAAAAAUUGAAUAUUUUAUGACAAAACUUUAGUUUUUUUUUUUCUAAUUUAAGGGUUAUUUGGCAAAUAACACGUAAUUUUGUAUUGUCUACAUACAUAUUAGUAUUUAUAGUGUAUUAAUGAAUUUGAGAUAAUGUUUUCUCUAAUAAAUAAAAAUACUAAAUAA